UCUCAAUUUCUUCAACCCUUUUCCAUCCACACAGCUUCCGCUACCAAUCCUGAUACAGAUAUGCCGGCCUUCGCAGCUCUCCGUCAAUUUCCAUCAUCGGAUCCGACCUCAGAGACCAUCGUUGCCGUUACACCUCGGAAAACUCGCCUUAGAUCCGAUUCGGAUGCUGCAAUCGGAUCGCCGCUGCGAAAAUCUCCUCGACUGGGCAAAGAAGGCACCCCUCAUAGCUCCCCGACAGCUAGUAUACGAAAAUGCCUGAAAACAUCCUUGAAUUUGAGUGGAUCACCUCAGAAGAAGCAAUUAUCUGAGGAUUUUGUUGAGAGACAGAACUGGAAUCCAAGAGUAGAUGAGACGCAACGAAGAGCUGUUAAUGAGGCAUUACAUGUAUCAACUGCCCAGACGAACGUUGUCUGCCGCGAAAAUGAGCAGAACCGGAUCCUGGAUUUCUGCAAGAAAUGCAUCAAGGAAGAGAAGGCUGGAAGUCUGUAUGUAUGUGGGUGCCCUGGAACUGGGAAGACACUGUCGAUGGAAAAAGUAAAAGUCAUGCUUGCCGAUUGGGCAAAUGAGGAAUGUAUACAGUAUCCAGAUGUCUUGCCCAUCAAUUGCACUUCUCUUGCAAACAUGAAUGAUAUUUUCAGCAAGAUUUUUGAGCAAAACCAUUCUGGGAAGAAACGUAGUCGUUAUACAUCAUCUUUGCAGCAGCUUCAGAACUUGUAUUCUCAACAGACCCCUGGCAUGAAGAUGAUAUUGGUUAUAGCUGAUGAGCUGGAUUAUUUGAUUACCAGAGAUCGAGCUGUGCUUCAUGAUCUUUUCAUGCUAACAACACUGCCUUUCUCCAAGUGUAUUUUGCUAGGGGUUGCUAAUGCUAUUGACUUGGCCGACAGGUUUAUCCCAAAGCUACGUUCUUUAAAUUGUAAACCUAUGGUCAUAACCUUUUGUGCCUACUCCAAGGAUCAGAUCAUCAAUAUUCUUCAAGAAAGACUAAGGGCAGUUCCCUACACUGUUUUCCAGCCACAAGCACUGGAACUCUGUGCCAGGAAAGUUGCCGCAGCAUCUGGAGAUAUGAGAAAGGCUCUUGCAGUGUGCAGGAGUGCGAUUGAAAUUCUAAUAGGUGACUCUAUGCUAUCAUCAUUAGAUGGGACUGAAGAUCAACACAAACCUGCAGAAAAUGUUUCGAUGUCCAAUCAAGUAAGAAUAGAUCAUGUUGCUGCUGCAUUGUCAAAGGUGUAUAAAUCGCCAGUAGUAGACACAAUUAUUUCACUGCCCCAACAUCAGCAGAUCAUACUCUGCUCAGCUGUGAAGCUUUUUCGAGGUGGGAAGAAGAAAGACACAACUCUCGGAGAGUUGAACAAAUAUUAUGUGGAUGUUUGUAAAUCGACUUCGAUUCCUCCAGUUGGCAUUUUGGAGCUUUCAAGUAUGUGCGGGGUACUGGACGACCAGGGAAUUCUGAAACUUGGACAAUCACGAGAUGAUAAGCUAAGAAGAGUGACAUUAAAGGUUGACGGAGCAGAUAUUGUUUUUGCACUGCAGGGAGUUCGAUUCUUCCGGAACUGUCUGCAGUGAUCCUUUGAUGGUUGUUAUGAGGCCAAUUUUCUGCAUGAAACCAAAUUAAGGAGGCAAAACAACACAUGCAGCACCUCCAUGCUCUAAAUUGGUAAUACUCAGCUGCUACGAUUGAAGAGAAGCAAAUGAGGCCAUGAACACAGCUAAGAAGAUAAAAUAGCUAGAAGCAAGGAAGCCAUACACUGUAAUGUUGUCUAAAACUGUAAAUUAUUUCGACAAUAUAUUACCUUGUGCGACGCACGGGACUUUUAUUUUAUUUAUUUAUUUAAA